AUGUGGGUUCGGGGCGGCCUCUGCCUGACCACAGUCACAUCCUCACCCCUGCAGCUCAGCACCGCCCCCUGCUCUGUGCAGGUGGCACGACCCCCGCUGGAGGCUGCCAUCCAUGACACUGUGCAGCUGGUGGCCCGGGCGCUGGGCAGUGCAGCCAAGGUGCAGCCAGAGCGUGCCCUCCUCCCCACCACAGUCAACUGCGGGGACCUGCAGCCGGCCGGCCCCGAGUCUCCCGGGCGCUUCUUGGCACGGUUCCUGGCCAACACGUCCUUCCAGGGCCGCACGGGCCCCGUGUGGGUGACAGGCAGCUCCCAGGUACACAUGUCUCGUCACUUUAAGGUGUGGAGCCUGCGCCGGGACCCACGGGGCGCCCCGGCCUGGGCCACGGUGGGCAGCUGGCGGUGCCCCGCAGGGCAGCUGUGCCUGGACCCCAGCACCAACGACUCCGCCACCCUGGACGCACUGUUCGCCGCGCUGGCCAACGGCUCAGUGCCCCGCGCCCUACGCAAGUGCUGCUACGGCUACUGCAUUGACCUGCUGGAGCGGCUGGCGGAGGACACGCCCUUCGACUUUGAGCUGUACAUCGUGGGUGACGGCAAGUACGGCGCCCUGCGGGACGGCCGCUGGACCGGCCUGGUCGGGGACCUGCUGGCCGGCCGGGCCCACAUGGCAGUCACCAGCUUCAGCAUCAACUCCGCCCGCUCACAGGUGGUGGACUUCACCAGCCCCUUCUUCUCCACCAGCCUGGGCAUCAUGGUGCGGGCACGGGACACGGCCUCACCCAUCGGUGCCUUCAUGUGGCCCCUGCACUGGUCCAUGUGGCUGGGCGUCUUUGCGGCCCUGCACCUCACCGCACUCUUCCUCACCCUGUACGAGUGGCGCAGCCCCUACGGGCUCACGCCGCGUGGCCGCAACCGCAGCACCGUCUUCUCCUACUCCUCAGCCCUCAACCUCUGCUACGCCAUCCUCUUCGGACGCACCGUGUCCAGCAAGACGCCCAAGUGUCCCACGGGCCGCCUGCUCAUGAAUCUCUGGGCCAUCUUCUGCCUGCUGGUGCUGUCCAGCUACACGGCCAACCUGGCUGCCGUCAUGGUCGGGGACAAGACCUUCGAGGAGCUGUCGGGGAUCCACGACCCCAAGCUCACCUCCAACCUGUCCGAGUUCAUCAGCCGCUACAAGUCCUCUGGCUUCAUUGACCUCCUCCACGACAAGUGGUACAAGAUGGUGCCUUGCGGCAAGCGGGUCUUCGCGGUUACAGAGACCCUGCAGAUGAGCAUCUAUCACUUCUCGGGCCUCUUCGUGUUGCUAUGCCUGGGCCUGGGCAGCGCUCUGCUCAGUUCGCUGGGCGAGCACGCCUUCUUCCGCCUGGCACUGCCGCGCAUCCGCAGGGGGAGCAGGCUGCAGUACUGGCUGCACACCAGCCAGAAAAUCCACCGCGCCCUCAACACGGAGCCGCCAGAGGGGUCAAAGGAGGGGACGGCAGAGGCGGAGCCCAGCGGCCCUGAGGUGGAGCAGCAGCAGCAGGGCCCGCCAGUGGCUCCAGAGGGCUGGAAACGGGAGCGCCGGGUCGUGGACAAGGAGCGCCGCGUGCGCUUCCUGCUGGAGCCCGCCGUGGUUGUGGCGCCCCAAGCGGACGUGGAGGCGGAGGAUGCGCCGCGAGAGAGCCCCGUCUGGCUGUGCUCCAACGGCCGCCCGCCCGCUGCAAGGCCCACGGGAGCCCCGCAGCCCGGGGAGCUGCAGGAGCUGGAGCGGUGCAUCGAGAUAGCGCGCGAGCGGCUCCGCCAGGCCCUGGUGCGGCGCGGCGAGCUCCUGGCACAGCUCGGGGACAGCGCACGCCACCGGCCUCUGCGCCUGCUUCAGGCCACAGCGGCCCCCGGGGAGGACCCACCACACUCUGGCCGACGGCGGAGCCGCGAGUAAGGUGGCAGCCAGGCCCUUUGGGCUCAAGACACACACAUAGCGCAGUGGGCCGCUGUCAACAGACAGUUUAUUCUAUAUACAAACACAAUUUUGUACACUGCAAUUAAAUAGAAUGGAAUGCGCGCUCCUC